AUGUGUACUUCUAGAAGGACAGUAGGCAAACCGAUAUUCUUUUACAGGGGUCUCACUCUGAAUGAACUAUUGCAAAUCAUUGAAGAAGAUGAUCACAAUGAAGUUGAUGACGAAAUAUCGCUUACAAUUAUGCCGCCCAAAAAUUCUUGCGAGGAAGUUACUGAUGAAGAUUCAGGCGAUGAAGAUCAUUUAGAUAUUAACAAUUUGCCUGGAUCGCAACUUCUAGCCGAGGCAGAAAUUUUUGAACCUAAUGUUGAAGAAGAUGUUAAUAUUUCUUUACCAAGCGAUUCAGGUAGUGAUGAUAAUGAAGAAAAUCUGCCAUUGUCGGAUGUAAAACGUCUUCUGAAAAACUCCCAACAUAUAUAUGUGAAGAAAAACUAUGCUUGGAGAAACCAAGACUCAACACCUAAUAAUAUAGAAGUUCCAAAACCACAAAUUGUUCAAAAUGAAAAUUCGGUUAUUGAAUUGUUUUCGUUAUUUUGGGGUGACGAAGUUAUAGAUUUAUUUGUCUACUAUUCUAAUAUGUACGCUACAAGCAAAAAUAGGGUUGGAAACAUAACAAAAGAAGAAAUGAAAAAUUUUUUCGCCAUCCUACUACUGUCUGGUUAUCAAAAAUUACCCAGACGUAGAAUGUAUUGGGAAAAUUCUUCUGACACGCAAAAUCAGCUUGUUAUAAAUUCGUUAUCUAGAGAUCGUUUUGAGUAUAUUUUCAGUAAUUUACAUUGCUGUGAUAACACGAAUUUAGACAAGACAGACAGAUUUGCCAAAGUACGAUUAUUGAUAAAUAAAAUGAACAGUUUAUUCCAACAGUAUGCACCAGUAACUGAAAAUCACAGUGUGGAUGAAGCCAUGGUGCCUUAUUAUGGUCGCCAUGGCUGUAAGCAAUUCAUACGUGGUAAACCCAUACGUUAUGGGUACAAUUUAUGGACAGGUUGUACCAGCAAAGGGUAUGUUAUUUGGGUAGAGCCGUACCAAGGUGCCAAAUCAGAAAUAAAGCCCUGUUAUAAGGAACUGGGUUUAGGACCAUCUGUGAUUCUGCAAUAUACCGACAUAAUCAAUUCUAUUCAAAGCUUUCCCUAUCACAUUUUUUGCGACAAUUUUUUACGACUAUACCACUUCUGA